AUGUGUCUAUCCGAGGAGGAGGCCGCCGAACCCACGUUCGCCACCGCUCUGCGUCUCGGCACCGUCAUGAACCCCGAGCGCAGUUCCUCGCACCGGUGCAACAAACUCGCGUGCACCGGUCGGCUUCGACAGGUGGAAGUCGCCGACGGCUGCGAUCCAACAACCGUCCCAUGCAGCAGUCCGACAACCACCCCACCCAGCAGACGCGCCAGCAAAGGUAGCGAACGGCGCGAGAGCAGGAGGCGCGGUCGCGCGCACUUGAUAGAGGACGACGAUGAUAUUAUCCAUGUGGUGACACCACCACGUCAUGGGCGCGGUGCCUCUCAUGAGGGAUCUCCGUUCCACCGCGACACCGACCUCAUCGUGGGCCAGCAUGUGCUUCAGCACAGCGAUUUUCAACAAAGUAUUGAACUCAACAAGCACGAAAUGGAGAUCGAGCGGCUAGAGCGGGAGCUGAAUAAGAUCAAGAAGAAGGCUGCUGCCGGCCCGCGUCUCGAUCGGGAUCUCGUGCAUGUUCGUGAGGAUGCUACUUACGAAGAACAUCUUGCGGAAAAGCUGCGCCGGCUGCAGCAUUUGGAGCAUGAGCAUAAUAUGGAGGAGGAGCAGCGCAAGGCCGAAGCGAGGCAGCGGGAGCGUCAGUACAUUGCCGAGGAGGAGGACCGCAAGGCUGAAGCGAGGUAUAAGAUGAAGCAGAUGGCGGCUGCUGAACGGGCUGCUGCUGAGGCGGAAGAGAUCAAGCGUAGGCUGGAGGACGAGAGGCUGAAGGCCAGUGCGCGCAGACGAAGCGAGCAAGAUGAGAGGGAGAGGCUUGCCCGCGAGGAAAAUUGGAAGAGAAUUGCCCAAGAAAAGGAGGAAGAGGAUGAGCGCAAGAAGCUCAUUGAAGCGAUCAAGGCUGAGGAUGCCAAGAAGGAAAUGAAAAAGCGUGAAGAAAGAGAAAAGGAGAGAGCCGCGGAGGAGGCUGCUAUUGAGAGGUGGAAGCUGAAGCAAAGAGAAGAGGCGGAGAGGAAGAAGGAGGAGGAGGAGAAGGCGAAGGCUAUUGGGGAAGCUGCUAUUGCGAGGCACAAACUUGAAGAGGAGCGCAAGAAGCAGAAGGAGGCCGAAGAAGCUGCUGCGGAGAAAGUAGCGUUUCGCAAGACUCUCGUCGCCCUGGGGUACUCCGAGAAAGAAAUUGAGGAAAUCAUGAUCCAAAAGCAGAAGGAAAGCGAGGAAAAAGUUAGGAAGUCCAUGCUGGAGGCUGCUAAGGUGGAGUUGGAACUUGAGGAGCAGCGCAAGAAGGCGAGGGAAGCCAAGGCGCUUGCUGACAAGGAGGAGGCGUUCCGUGCACAUCUCCGGGAGCUGGGGUACAGCGAUGAGGAGAUUGAGAAGAUCGUCAAGAGGAAGGAGGACGAGAAGAAGCAAUUGGAAGUGAAAGAGCAGACCAAGAUGACUUGGAUCAAGGUAUAA